UGUUCAUAUGUGUUCAUCGAUCUCAAUCAAACUGUGUACAAUCACAUGGAUCACCCCCGCAAGGCACGCUGGAAAAACUGAAACAAUAACGGAAACAACUGCCGGUAGACGGUAGUAUUAGCCAGUUUCACAUUUCCAGUUAAUUCGGUAUAAACAAGAGCAGUACAAGAAAAAACACUUGAAUCCAAGCUACAUUGCCCAACGCAUGGCAGCAAUGGCGACCAGAUCACCACUGCCGCAGCUGCUGCUCGUUGUACUAGCCACACAGGCCAGUCUAGCCUACUACGGAAUUCCCUAAGAUUACGAUGCCCACCUCUCACUGUUCUUUCCUUUGAUGUUAAACCAGAUCUGUGCCAUCCAUUAUUCUAAUCGAUGGAAGCAAUUCAAAUUUAUCCAAUUGAGAAAUUCAUCAUACAAAAUUUUCGUUGGUUCUGUACAGAACGAUUUCACAUACAGCGCGUUUCAAACUCGGUCAAAUCAGCAUAACUGCAUAACGUUCACGGUAGUCUGAACUUGCCUGCUUUCAGAUGUGUUCACUAGUCUCCAUCAAGAGAAAAUGCACUCCAGACCGCCCUAAAAGUCACGCAGGAACAUAAAAAAUAACAGCAAUGAUUCAGGUAACCAGUUUCACACUUCCAAUCCGUCCAGUAUAUAAGAUGGCCCCUUCACCCCAAUCUCACAACACACAGCAAAACCACCACCACUGCAAGCAAACAAUAACAACAGGAAGCAACACUGCUCCAGACAUGGCAACCAGAUCAUCGCUGGUGCAGCUGCUGCUCAUAGCAGUAGCUGUUGCCCAGAUUGUUGGGUCACACGCUGGCGCCAUUUCUGUAUAUUGGGGUCAGAAUGGUGGUGAGGGCAAGCUGGCCGACACCUGUGCUACCGGCAACUACAAGUUCGUCAACUUAGCCUUCCUCGCAGCCUUUGGCAAUGGCCAGCCCCCAGUGCUCAACCUGGCAGGCCACUGUGACCCGACCAAUGGUGGCUGCACCAGUCUGAGCGCUGACAUCAAGUCGUGCCAGAGCAAUGGUGUCAAGGUUAUGCUAUCAAUUGGAGGCGGUGCAGGCAGCUACUACCUUUCAUCAGCUGAGGAUGCCAAGAAUGUAGCCACGUACCUGUGGAACAAUUUCUUAGGUGGGCAAUCCUCAUCUCGCCCCCUGGGUGAUGCAGUCCUUGAUGGCAUAGACUUCGACAUCGAGGGCGGCACCAACCAGCACUGGGAUGAUCUUGCAAGGUACUUGAAAGGGUACAGCAACUCUGGCAGGAGGGUGUACCUGACUGCUGCGCCUCAGUGCCCAUUUCCUGAUGCCUGGGUGGGUGGUGCCCUCAACACUGGCCUGUUUGACUACGUCUGGGUGCAGUUCUACAACAACCCUCCCUGCCAGUACAGCUCAGGCAGCACCACUGAUCUUGCAGAUGCAUGGAAGCAGUGGUUGUCGAUUCCGGCAAAGCAGAUCUUUCUUGGCCUGCCUGCUUCACCUCAGGCAGCUGGAAGCGGGUUUAUACCAGCUGAUGAUCUCAAGUCUCAGGUUCUACCAUUGAUCAAGAGCUCUGGGAAGUAUGGUGGAAUCAUGCUAUGGUCCAAGUACUAUGAUGACCAAGAUGGUUACAGUUCUUCAGUCAAGAGUGAUGUUUAAAUGGGGUUGCCUCUGGUGUAUGAGUUCCUGUGUGAUUAUUGUGCUGUGUGAGCAUCUCACUCUAUGCUUUGUGAGUAGCUGUGUGAUUGUGAAUAGCUGUGUGUAAUUGCAAUAAUUAUUUUUGGAGGAUUGGAUUGGACCUGCUAUAUCUAUGCAUUGUUCUGGCUUCAAGAAAUUCAAAAAUCAUAAAAUUGUGGUGUAGU